AUGGCCCGCACUAAGCAGACCGCCCGCAAGUCCACUGGUGGCAAAGCCCCCCGCAAGCAGCUCGCAUCCAAGGCAGCUCGCAAGUCCGCACCGUCAACCGGUGGUGUCAAGAAGCCUCACCGCUACAAGCCCGGAACCGUCGCCCUCCGUGAGAUCCGUCGCUACCAGAAGUCGACUGAGCUCCUCAUCCGCAAGCUGCCCUUCCAGCGUCUUGUCCGUGAGAUCGCUCAGGACUUCAAGUCGGAUCUCCGCUUCCAGUCCUCUGCCAUCGGCGCUCUCCAGGAGUCCGUCGAGGCCUACCUCGUCUCGCUCUUCGAGGACACCAACCUCUGCGCCAUCCACGCCAAGCGUGUCACCAUCCAGAGCAAGGACAUCCAGCUCGCCCGCCGCCUCCGUGGUGAGCGCGGUUAA